AUGGUGGAAGAAAUGCAUGGAUUGGACUAUUGUGAUUCCGAUAAUCUUAAAUUGUUUGAGGAGGAAAGAUUAGUUAUUGAAGAGAGAAGACAUCAAAAGACAAUGUGGAGAAUUGAUGAUCAAGGCUUUGAAAAACCAUUGCAUAUUAUUAAAAGCGUCAAGUUUUUGGAAAGAGUUUUAGAAAUGUCAGACUCGAAGGCUUUUUCGGAUGCUUACUCACUGAAUUGUAUUUCUAAUCAUUUGGAACAAGUGAUGGGAUUUGUUUCAGAUAGAUUUAAUGAGGAUGAGGAGCUUUGUAAGAGAAUUAUAGAAAUUGUUGCAUCACUCAUGGAGAAGAAUAUUGAGAAGAGAAGUGAUGAAAUUUGGAAGAAUUGCUUUGCCAGUUUGAUGAGCGUAUUCAACACUUCAAUUUAUGAGGACAAUAAGAUUGCUUAUGAAUGGAAAAUGAGUGAGCUAGUAUUUGGAAGACUAAUGUACAUUGCCAACAGAUUGAAAUUAUUUGAGAAUGUUACAAGCGCACUCCUAGAACAAGUAUUCAAACAUUUAAAAGACAGAUUGACAUUUGUUAAGGAAUUGUAUAAUGGAAAACCAUUUUAUAUUCUGAAAAUUUAUGAUAACUUGGUGACAAUAAUAUUCGAAAAUUACCAACCACAAGUAGUGGAUAUUCUAAUGAGGGAAACUGAAAAUAUCAUUACAAUAAUGAAAGGAAAUAAUAAGGAUGAUUUGGAAUGCAUGUUUCUAACGAAGGUUAUUUCAAAGAUAGCCAAAUUCAAAAAUCUGAAAGCUCUCAAUGUCAUAUAA